GGACUAAAAAGAUCCUCUUUAGUUGCUCAUUCUUAAUGGUAUUAAUUAAUGAGAACUAUAUUGAUGUCCCUUUGAAUUACUAAAACAUUUAUUUAUUGAAAUUUUUGUAUCCGUCAAUCUUAUUUAUCUCAUUGAUUUUUUCCCCUUAUUGUUUUACGUUUCAAACGGUGAGCAAUUGCUCGAAUAUAAUCAUAAAUUAUUAUCUUACUUUUUACAUAGACAAAACAUGACACGUAAUUACGUUUUAGAUGUUUGUGAUGGGAAAUGACAAUGACGUCCAGCUCAUCGCCAUUCCUUGGGGCCCCCAUUUCUUACACCGUCACGCAUCACAUCUCACCAUAUUUCGACACAGCAAGCAACUUUUCCAAAGACCUCCCCUCAGAAUUAGGGGAUGAGAUCUCUGAUCCGCGGUAAAGACUGGGUCAAUUUUUGAUUCAGCCUUGGUAUUGAUGGGGACAAUGAUCCCCCACUUAUUAACAGAUGAGUAUCAUUAUCUCCCUCUUCUUUUUUCCUAUUUCAAAAAGAAAAACAGGCUAUCCAUCGUCCCUUCUACGCUUCACUUCAUUAUAAAUGACACAGAGCAGAGUGUCUCGUUAAGAGAUUUGCGCAAGUUAGAAUUUAGUAGCAUGGCUUCUUUCUUCUCCUUUUCGCAUGCUUUCUCUUCCUCUCUGUUUCUUACGUUGUUGUUGUUAGGCUUCUACGAGUGCGAGGCUCAAUUAACCACGACGUUCUAUGACACCUCUUGCCCCAGCGUGUCGACUAUCGUGCGUGACCAGGUGAGACAGGCACAGAGCUCGGAUCCACGCAUCCUCGCGAGCCUCACUCGCCUCUUCUUCCAUGAUUGCUUCGCCAACGGUUGCGAUGGAUCGAUAUUGCUAGAUAAUAGCAGCACGGAGAAGGGUACUGCCCCGAACAAGAAUUCUGCGCGGGGUUUUGACAUCAUAGAUAAGAUCAAAGUCGCGGUGGAAAACAACUGCUCCGGCAUUGUGUCAUGCUCUGACAUCUUAGCUAUUACCGCUGAAGCUUCAGUCAACUUAGCAGGUGGGCCUUCAUGGAGUGUCUUACUUGGAAGAAGAGAUGGAACUACAACCAACAUAACUGCCGCGAAUAACCUCCCUUCUCCCUUCGACAGUGUGACUGUCCUCCAACAAAAGUUUGCGGCUGUCAACCUUAACGUCACAGAUUUAGUCGCCUUAUCUGGAGCUCACACCUUUGGGCGCGCACAAUGUCGGACAUUCAACCAGCGGCUCUACAACUUCGGUGACACAGGCAACCCAGAUCCAUCGUUGAACACCACAUACCUCUCCGCAUUGCAGCAGAGUUGCCCGCAGGGCGGAAACGUCAGCGCCCUCAAUGACUUUGAUGUCUCCACUCCUGACGCCUUUGAUAACAAAUACUAUACCAAUUUGCAGAGCCUGAGGGGGCUGCUCCAAACCGACCAAGACCUGCUCUCUGCUGCCUCCACCAAUGCAUCUACUGCCCCCAUCGUCAACGAGUUUGCCAUGAAUCAAACUGCCUUUUUCGAGAGCUUUCUCGAGGCUAUGAUCAAGAUGGGCAACAUCAGUGUGCUCACGGGGAGCAACGGGGAGAUCAGGAGCAAUUGCCGGCAAGUGAAUGAAGCUAGUGGCUGAAUGAAGUUGGCGCUAAAAGAAGUUGCUCUGUUGUGCCAAUUUGAAUUCAAACUCAAUAACAUGUCUAGUGUCUUAAUUACCAAUCGAUAGAACCGACUAGUCCGGUUUGUUUAUUAGUUUUAAAUAAAUAAAUAUGGUAAAUCACAAAACUUGGUGCUAACCUAGCUAUAUUAUAAAAAUCUCUUCUUCUCUAA